CUAUAUGUUCAGACGAAUACUUCAACGAGUCAAGAUGUCCGGAAUAAGAGAGGAAGAUUACCAGGUGAUCAAGGAAGGGAAAGCCACUGUGUUGGCUCCCAAAGAGGAUAAAGUAUUUUAUAACCCCAUACAACAAUUCAAUCGAGAUUUAUCGGUUAUGGGGAUCAGAUCCUGGCUGAAACUUUAUCAACAGGGGAAAGAAGGAAGUAGGGAUCUUAAGAAGAAGAGAAAAUUGAAUGAUGAAAGUGUCGAGUCUCCUGCUUAUAUCCGGAUAUUAGAAGCAUUAUCAGCCACUGGAUUAAGGGCAUUAAGGUAUGGGCACGAGAUACCACAAGUUGAGAAAGUGAUUGCCAAUGAUUUAUUGGGGGAAGCGGUUAAUUCGAUUAAUCGAAACAUCGAAUAUAAUGAAUUACAAGAGAAAGUGGAAGGAAAUUUAGGAGAUGCAAUUAAGUAUAUGUCAACGGUUAAGGAGAAAUUCCACGUUAUUGAUUUAGAUCCUUAUGGAACGGCGACCCCAUUUAUUGAUCUGGCAUUACAAGCCAUUAAAGAAGACGGGAUGCUUUUGGUUACGUGUACCGAUGCAGGAGUGUUAGCAGGAAGUGGGUAUCCAGAGAAAUGUUUUGCAUUAUAUGGGGGUAAUAAUUUUGGGAAUACGUUUAUGGGGAAUGAGAUGAAUCACGAGGUUGGACUUCGAUUAAUAUUGGGGACGAUAGCUAGAGAAGCUGCUAAGUAUAAAAAAACAAUUGAACCAAUGUUGAGUUUGAGUAUUGAUUUUUAUUUCCGAUUAUUUAUCAGAGUUAAAACGAGUCCAAUUGAAGUUAAGAAUUUAGCAUCCAAAACCAUGAUUACCUAUCAUUGUAGUGGAUGUGGACAAAAUAAGAAUCAAUACUUAGGAAGAAAGCAAGAUAAGAAGUAUCAAACUGCGAAAAAAAUAACCAUUGGAGAAAAUUGUGAAUAUUGUCAAAGUUAUUUUAAUAUUGCCGGACCAAUGUGGGGGGAUAAGAUCCAAAAUGAAGCUUUUAUUAAGCAAGUAUUACAAGAGGAUAUUGACGAAGAGGUAUACAAGACCCGAGAAAGAAUCAGAGGCAUGUUAACUCUUGCGCUUGAAGAGUUGGAGGAACCAUUCUAUUUUAAUUUAAAUCAAUUAUCAUCGUUUAUGAAGGCCCCGCCCAUGCCAAUCAAUGAUUUUGCCAAAGCCGUUGGGGAUUUGGGAUACCAGGUAUCAUUAACCCACGCCAAAAAAAACUGUAUCAAGACCGAUGCUCCCUGGGACCAAAUUCUUAAGAUUAAUCAAGCGUGGUUGAAACUCAGUAAUGAGAAAUUGAUAAUUGAGUACCGAGAGAAAGUGGCCGAGAUGGACGGCGACAAACGGGACAAGUUGCAGGAGAAAAUCAACCGACUUGAAGCCAACCCCAUUAGCAAUCCCAAUUUAACUCCCGGAAUGAUUGGGUAUAAGAUAUUGGCCAAUAUCAAUUGGAGUGCCAGUGAAUUGCAAAAAAUCAAUUUCAAGACCGCCAAUGCCACCAGCGACAAGAUUUCCCAAUUGAGAAAGGUGAAAAUGCUUAGAUUUCAAGAAAAUCCAACAAAGAACUGGGGGCCCAAAUCCAAACCCAGUCAAUAAAUACCUCUACAAAACACAACAAUAAACUAAUUAGAUAUAUUGCCAAUGUAGCCUAUUAGCAAUCUAUACAAUUAAAUAAAAAAAAAGGGUG